AUGAUCGAAGUGAAGGAGGAGGAGACGCAGGUGGACCUGCUAGUAGUUGUGAGCCUAGUCGUGAUGAAUCUGGUGGCGGUGAUUCCGGGUGGUGAAUCUACCGGUGGUGGUGCUGUCGGCAGAAAUGGUGGCAUCAGUCGUAAUAAUGGUGACUCCGAUGUCGCACUGCCUACUCAACUAUCGAGCAAGCCCCCACCAUUGCGGCCGAACAACGUUCGCGAGCAUCGAGAGAUACAGCUCCGGUGGAGAUCAAGUUAA